ACUACCACCGCUGCUGCUACUAUCUCUACUACUACCACCACCGCUGCUAUUACUAUCUCUAAUACUACUACCACCGCUGCUACUACUAUCACUACUACUACCACCACCGCUGCUACUACUAUCACUACUAUUACCACCACUGCUACUACUACUAUCUCUACUACUACCACCACCACAGCUACUACUAUCUCUACUACUACCACCACCACUGCUGCUACUACUAUCACUACUACUACCACCACCACAGCUACUACUAUCUCUACUACUACCACCACCACUGCUGCUACUACUAUCACUACUACUACCACCACCACAGCUACUACUAUCUCUACUACUACCACCACCACAGCUACUACUACCAUCACCACUGCUACUACUAUCUCUACUACUACCACCACCACUGCUGCUACUACUAUCACUACUACUACCACCACCGCUGCUACUACUAUCUCAACUACUACCACCACCGCUGCUACUACUAUCACUACCACCACCGCUGCUACUACUAUCACUACUACUACCACCACCGCUGCUACUACUAUCUCUACUACUACCACCACCGCUGCUAAUACUAUCUCUACUACUACCACCACCGCUGCUACUACUAUCUCUACUACUACCACCACCCCUGCUACUACUAUCUCUACCACCACCACCGCUACUACUACUAUCUCUACCAUCGCUGCUACUACUAUCUCUACUACUACCAAUGCUACUACUAUCUCUACCACCACCACCGCUGCUAUUACUAUCUCUACUACUACCACCACCGCUGCUACUACUAUCUCUACUACUACCACUGCUACUUCUAUCUCUACCACCACUGCUGCUACUACUAUCUCUACUACUACCACUGCUACUACUAUCUCUACCACCACCACCGCUGCUACUACUAUCUCUACUACUACCACUGCUACUACUAUCUCUACUACUACCACUGCUACUUCUAUCUCUACCAUCACCGCUGCUACUACUAUCUCUACUACUACCACUGCUACUACUAUCUCUACUACUACCACUGCUACUACUAUCUCGACUACCACCACCACCGCUGCUACUACUAUCUCUACUACUACCACUGCUACUUCUAUCUCUACCAUCACCGCUGCUACUACUAUCCCUACUACUACCACAAACACUGCUGCUACUGUCUAUUCUACUACCAUCACCACUGCUACUACUAUCUCUACUACUUCCACAAACACUGCUGCUACUACUGUCUCUACUUCUACCACCACCGCUGCUACUACUAUCUCUACUACUACCACCACCACUGCUACUACUAUCUCUACUACAACCAGUACCACUGCUACUACUAUCUCUACUACAACCAGUACCGCUGCUACUACUAUCUCUACUACUACCACCACCACUGCUACUACUAUCUCUACUACAACCAGUACCACUGCUACUACUAUCACUACUACUACCACCACCGCUGCUACUACUAUCUCUACUACAACCAGUACCACUGCUACUACUAUCUCUACUACUACAACCAGUACCACUGCUACUACUAUCUCUACUACUACCACCACCGCUGCUACUACUAUCUCGACUACCACCACCAGCGCUGCUACUACUAUCUCGACUACAACCAGUACCACUGCUACUACUAUCUCUACUACUACCACCACCACAGCUACUAUUAUCUCUACCACCACCGCUGCUACUACUAUCUCUACUACUACCACCACCGCUGCUACUACUAUCUCUACCACCACCACUGCUACUACUAUCUCUACUACUAUCACCACUCCUGCUACUACUAUCUCUACUACUACCACCACCGCUGCUACUACUAUCUCUACCACCACCCCUGCUACUACUAUCACUGCUACUACCACCACCACUCUUAAUGUAGAAGAGCCGAAAGUGACGUUGUCUAAGACGUUGAACACUUUAUCAUCGUUACGAAUCUUUGAUCCAGAACACGAGGCAGCGGAUCCUGACAUAGCUGACCUCAUUCUGAUAAGCGGCAACGUAUUUCACUACGCCGCCCACAGACAUCUGAACAUGAAUGGGAAUGAUGCCUGA